CGCUCAACUUCAAUACAUCAACAACUCAGUUACCAACAACGACACAAGAGUUACAACCCACACAAGAAUUAUAGCACCAGACGAGCACAAAAUACAAAUUCUGUCAACGAUCAGAACUCUGCGCCACGGGCUGAAGUCGAAAUGUCGGGCGUCCCUCGUGGGCUUCGCGCUUGCUUGGUCUGCGCGUUCGUACAACCCUAUACCAAGUGGAGUCGAUCUGGCUGUCCCAACUGCGAAGACUUCCUCGAGAUGAAGAACAGCAGCGAUACGAUUGGCGACUGCACUUCUGAGGUGUUCGAAGGUCUUGUGACAGUGAAUGACACGAGCACGGGCUGGGUGAGCAGGUGGCUGCGCAUUUCAGGAUUUGUGCCAGGCGUGUAUGCGACGAAGGUGAACGGAGUGUUGCCGGAAGAGUACGUUGCGGCUGCAGAGAACGCCGGCAUUCAGUACAUACCGCGAGACGGCAGUGGCAACGAGGACGACGUAUAGUCUACGAACCAGCCCAAAAGUCCUAGUAUCCAAUCAGAAUGUAACGUAUUGAAAGUGGAAAAUAUCGAAACACGGCUCCUCCCCCAGAC